AAGACUUGAAUGAGAAGUUUCAACGUUUUUCCCUAUACCAGUUUUCUUUUUAAUAUAAAGAAAAUACAGGUUCAUAUAAGUUUCAACUUUUUACACACACUUACCCGAGCACGAUGAACAGAAACGGUAUAUCUAGUGCUGUUCCCGAUACGCCGGAACGCGAAAGACAGGGAUCAGAAUCAUCAGACUCUGAAUAUGUCGAGAAUGUUCAUGUGGAAUUGGCACCCAUUCUUCCCAUAGUUCAUGUAUCCACGCAUGAAGAAGACGAAGAGGAAUUCUUGAAAAUUCGUGCCAAAUUGUACAGGUUCGAUGCUGCUUCUGAUCCACCAGAAUGGAAAGAACGAGGUACAGGAGAAUUAAAAAUCCUCCGUCACAAAGAAAAAAGUUCAUUUAGAGUAGUGAUGAGACGUGACAAAACCUUAAAGGUGUGCCUGAAUCACUACGUCACUCCAAUGAUGGAUCUGAAAAGGAGCAGUAACAACGAAAAGGCAUUUAUCUAUAGUGUUUUGGCCGACUACACUUUUGAAACAACAAGAAGCGAAUGUUUCGCUCUCAAAUUUGCUACAGUUGACAAUGCAAUGCAUUUCAAAUCAUCGUUUGAAAAAGCUAAAGAAAUAUUAAAGACUGAUUGUGACUUAUACAAUGGAAAAAUUGACAAUGAAAUUCAAGAGGAGUGUGAGAAAAUUUUGAAGGAGGAGGAAGAAGCAAAAGAAGACGAGGAGCUUGAUAUUUCAAAAAAAUUAUCAGAACUUGAAGUGAGUGAAGGAGAAAAAGGUUCCGAAAAAGAGGAAAAUGUUGAAGAACCUGAAAAAUCCUUAGAAACAGAAAAAUAGUUGGCUGAAUUUUUAUUAUUAUAAUAAAUAUAACUUUUUUUUCUUUACUAUUAAGUUUUAAGAUAAAGUUGAGGUGUAAUUGUAGGACUGUGCGCAUCUGAUAUUAGUUAAUCUUAUCGCAUUCCUAAUUGAUAUAUUUUUUUAUAAUGUUGCUAAGUAUAUUUUGUAACAAUUUUAUGAUUUUAAAGGGAAUAAUGAGAUGUUCUACAUGAAAAUGUAUGGUGAUUUUAAUUUAUCAAAAAGCUUGAAACCUAGGUAUCAGAUUCUGAGAAAUUAUGAAAAAUAAAGGUAGCUUUUCAUAGAAGAGGCCCUUAGAAUUAGAAUCUUCAAUAAGUGACUAUUUUGAAUUUUUCAAAAAGCACCCUGUUCUCCAAAAUCAAAAUUUAAUGAAUAUUACCUUAUGUGUAUUUUUUCCCAAGAUGGAUUUUGACAUUGAAUACUUUGAAACAUAAACAAUAACGCUUUGCCCUGAUUUGGUCGCGAAAUGCAGUGUCCCUGCAGGUUGGAAUCAGUUUCCAAUGGAUGUCUUGCAAAUGACAUGUUGCGAUGAAUAAGCACUAAGCAGCAUUGUUUAUGUUUCAAAGUUGACAGUGUUAAAAUCUAUCUUGGGGAAAAAUACAGUAUAGGUACUUUAUUUUGCACUCCAUGAUCAUAACAUGCACUACUGGACAAAAUAGAUAAUGGUAAUUUUUUUUGUACAACCCACACUGUAAGAGCUCAUUUCGUAACUCAUUUUAGUCUGUUCAGUUACGUAAUAAUUUUAUUAUCGUAUUUAGUAAUGUAAUGAGCUCAUUACAUCACUAGUGAUGUAAUAUAAAUCACUAGUGAUGUAAUGAGCUCAUAACGUAACUCAUUUUUAUUGAAAAACAGCACUUUUUGAAACAUAUUUAUUCGAAUACAUAAAAAAAAAUCUGGGUCGUACAUAAAGUGUUGUAUAUCACACCUAAGAUAACGCUCAUUACACCAC